ACUACGGUAGGAAGACACGGCAGAGGAGAUGGCCAUGACGGAGCGGAGGCGCGGGCGCUGUGGCGGAGCGUGUGAGGCGGCGGAGCAGCGCACGGUGUCGCUGCAGGCUCAGGAACGGCGUCUCGGCGGCUCCGCCCCGGUGCGGCGGAGAGCCCGGCUGUGAGCGCGGGGGGGCGGCGCGGGCCGGGCAGCAGAGCCGGUGCGUCCGGGCGGCGGCGGGGAGCCGUGCGGGGCCCGUGCCGGGGCCGGCAGCCAGAGCGGCACAGGCGGCGGCGGCGGCGGCGAUGGGGGAGCGUUGUUGUGCGGUGGUGCGGGUGCUGGUGCUGCAGGCGGCCUGGGCGCUGUCGGGCGGGCAGGUGCGGUACUCGGUGCCGGAGGAAGCCAAGGCCGGCACGGUGGUGGGCCGUCUGGCGCAGGACCUGGGCCUGGAGGCGGGCGAGGCGGAGGCGCGGCGGCUGCGGCUGGUGGCGCAGGGCCGGCGGGCGAGCGUGGAGGUGAGCGGGGCGAGCGGCGCGCUGCUGGUGAGCUCGCGGCUCGACCGGGAGGAGCUGUGCGGCAAGAGCGCGCCGUGCGCGCUGCGGCUGGAGGUGCUGGUGGAGCGGCCGCUGCGCGUCUUCCAUGUGCAGCUGGAGGUCACCGACAUCAACGACAAUGCCCCCGUCUUCCCCGCCGCCCGCAGAAACCUCAGCAUCGCGGAAUGGACCACUCUGCCGGGGUCUCGUUUCCCGCUGGAGGGCGCGUCGGAUGCGGAUAUCGGAGCGAACGCGCAGCUCUCCUAUACACUCAGCCCCAGCGAGCACUUCUCUCUGGAUUUACAAAAAUCGAAUGAGGGAAAUAUUGAACCCGAACUUGUUUUAACGAAAUCUCUGGACCGCGAGACGAUUCCCGUUCACCGGUUGGUGCUGACGGCGAGUGACGGGGGCCGGCCGUCUCUGACGGGCACCAUGGAGCUGGUGAUCUCGGUGCUGGAUGUGAACGAUAACGCGCCUCAGUUCAACCAGUCAGUGUAUAAAGUGCAGCUACCGGAGAGCGCUGAGGUGGGGACGCUGGUGACGCGUGUGAACGCAACGGAUGCGGACGCGGGUAUUAACAGUGAGGUGACCUAUACCGUGACGAACUGCAUUCCCCCGAGUGGAAGAGAUGUGAUUUCCGUCAAUCCGAAUACCGGUGAAAUUCACCUCACAGCAGCCCUGGACUUUGAAGAAGUCAGUAUAUUUAAUUUCCGUAUUGAAGCAAGGGAUAAAGGGACACCUCCGCUGUCAGGCCACUGCAAGUUAGUACUGGAGGUUCUGGAUGUGAACGACAACGCGCCGGAGGUGUGGGUGACGUCGCUGUCGGUGCCGGUGCCGGAGGACGCGUCGGUGGGGACGGUGGUGGCCCUGCUGAGCGUGUCGGACCGGGACUCGGGGGCGAACGGUCGCGUGCGGUGCUGGGUGUGGCCGGCGUCGCCGUUCGGUCUGGAGGCGACGUUCGCGGGCUCGUACUCGCUGGUGCUGCGCGAGGCGCUGGACCGGGAGCGGGUGUCGGAGUACGAGGUGGAGGUGCGUGCGGAGGACGGCGGGGCGCCGGCGCUGCGCGGCAGGCGCGGGCUGCGGGUGGCGGUGUCGGACGUGAACGACAACGCGCCGGCGUUCGCGCAGGCCGUGUACACGGUGCUGGCGCGGGAGAACAACGCGGCGGGCGCGGAGCUGGCGCGGCUGUGGGCGCGGGACCCGGACGAGGCGGGCAACGGGCGCGUGAGCUACUCGGUGUGGGAGGGCGGCGUGGGCGGCGGGUGGCGUCCGGCGUCGAGCUACGUGUCGGUGGACGCGGAGAGCGGGCGUCUGUGGGCGCUGCAGCCCUUGGACUACGAGGAGCUGCAGGUGCUGCAGUUCGAGGUGCGUGCGGUGGACGCGGGCGAGCCGCCGCUGUGCGGCAACGCCACGGUGCAGCUGUUCGUGCUGGACGAGAACGACAACGCGCCGGCGCUGCUGCCGCCUGCGGGCUCGGCGCCGGAGGCGGGCGGCGUGGCGGGCGAGGCGGCGGCGGCGGCGGCGGGCUGGGUGUCGGUGUCGGGCACGCUGUGGGCGUGGGCGGCGUGGGGGGCGCCGGCGGGGCAGGUGGUGGCGAAGAUCCGCGCCGUGGACGCCGACUCGGGCUACAACGCGUGGCUGCGCUACGAGCUGUGGGAGCCGCGGGGCAAGGGCCCGUUCCGCGUGGGGCUCUACAGCGGCGAGGUGAGCACGGCGCGGGCGCUGGAGGAGGCGGACGGCCCUCGCCAGCGGCUGCUGAUCGUGGUGCGCGACCACGGCGAGCCGGCGCGCUCGGCCACGGCCACGCUCAGCGUGUCGCUGGUGGAGGCCGCCGAGGCGGCGCUGGCCGCGGCCGCGGGAUCGUCGUCGUCGUCGUCGCGGUCGGCGGCGGGCGCGGAGAUGGGCGCUGGUGCGGCGAGUGCGGCGACGAACGUGUGGCUGGUGGUGGCCAUCUGCGCGGUGUCGAGCCUGUUCCUGCUGGCCGUGGUGCUGUACGGGGCGUCGCGCUGGGCGCCGCGGGCGGCCGUGCUGUCGGGGCCCGGGCCCACGACGCUCGUGUGCGCCAGCGAAGUGGGCAGCUGGUCGUACUCGCAGCGCCACAGCCGGAGCCUGUGCGUGGCGGACGGCGCGGGCAAGAGCGACCUCAUGGUUUUCAGCCCCAACUUCCCUCCGCCGCCGCCCGGCCCCGCGGCCAAGGACACGCAGCCGGAGCCCUCCGCUCUCCUGGACACGGUCAGUGGCACCGCCUUGCUCGCCUCUACUCUUUGUCUUUCCCUUUGUCCCUUCUCUCUCAUUUCCUAACCUGGCUCUGCUAUUAGCUGGGCUCCGCCUUCUCGGCCUGAGGGCGAUGGGUGCUUAAGUUAAUUGUAUUGGGUGUUAAUUGC